AUGGGGCAGCACGCCUUCAUGUUUGGGUUCCAUGCUCUCCCAGGAGUUAUGAUCAGACCCUUCGCCCCUAGCCUUAACUUCAACUUCAGCGUUUCUGAACCUGACACUUGGCAGCAUUAUGUGAUCAGCCUAAAUGGCUUUCUCCAGGGUUACAAUGACAGUCUUCAAGAGGAAAUGAAUGUAGAUUGUCCACCGGGUCAGUACUUCAUCCAAGACGGCGAUGAGGAUGUGGACAAGAAGGCCUGCCAGUUCAAGCGCUCCUCCCUGAAGAACUGUUCUGGUCUGGAGGACCCUUUUGGAUACUCCACCGGACAGCCCUGCAUCCUUCUCAAGAUGAACCGGAUUGUAGGCUUUCGUCCUGAGCUUGGAGAUCCUGUGAAGGUUUCCUGCAAAGUUCAGACAGGUGAUGAAAACGACAUCCGAUCCAUCAAUUACUACCCAGAGUCGGCUUCUUUUGACCUUCGCUACUACCCUUACUACGGCAAACUGACUCACGUUAACUACACUUCCCCACUGGUUGCAAUGCACUUUACAGAUGUGGUGAAGAACCAGGCAGUGCCUGUGCAGUGCCAACUGAAGGGCAAAGGCAUCACAAAUGAUGUCAUCAGUGAUCGUUUUGUGGGUAGGGUAAUCGUUACCCUGAACAAAGAAACCUAA